AUGGAGGUACAAAGAUACCACAAACGAGCAGAGGUUGAGAAUAAAACUCAGAUGAGAAGGCAGGAAGAGCCAAGGAGCAAAUCCAAGAUCUGUGCCAAUGUUUUCUGCGGAGCUGGGCGGGAGUGUACAGUGACGGAAAAGGGAGAGCCAACCUGCCUCUGCAUUGAGCAAUGCAAACCUCACAAGAGACCUGUGUGCGGUAGCAAUGGCAAGACAUACCUGAACCACUGUGAGCUGCACCGUGAUGCCUGCCUCACUGGCUCCAAGAUCCAGGUGGAUUACGAUGGCCACUGUAAAGAGAAGAAGUCUGAGAAUCCAGCUGCAAGUCCAGUUGUCUGCUACCAGUCAGACAGGGAUGAACUUCGUCGCCGUGUCAUCCAGUGGCUGGAAGCUGAGAUUAUCCCAGACGGUUGGUUUUCCAAGGGCAGCAACUACAGUGAAGUCCUGGACAAGUAUUUCAAGAGCUUUGACGACGGUGAUUCUCGCUUGGACUCCACUGAAUUCCUGAAGUUUGUGGAGCAGAAUGAGACUGCUGUCAACAUCACCACCUACAUGGACCAGGAGACCAACAAGCUGCUCAGGGGACUCUGUGUAGAUGCCCUCAUCGAGCUGUCAGAUGAAAAUGCGGACUGGAAGCUCAGCUUCAAUGAAUUUCUCAAGUGCCUCAGCCCAUCCUUCAACCCACCAGAGAAAAAGUGUGCCCUGGAAGAUGAAACCUAUGAGGAUGGAGCAGAGACCCAGGUGGAAUGCAACCGCUGCGUCUGUGCCUGUGGGAACUGGGUGUGCACUGCCAUGACGUGUGAGGGGAAAAAUGAGAAGGUGCCUGCUCAGAGACAGCGACCUGAUCAAGACUUGACUGAGGAGGAGCUGGCCAGAUACGUUCAGGAACUGCAGAAGCAUCAGGAGACAGCCGAGAAGACCAAGAGAAUGAGCACCAAGGAGAUGUAAGGGGCCUCCACACUGGAGGAGCCCAGGAGGAUGGGCCCAACCUGCCGCCCUGUCCUCCAGUGCUGAUCUCAGUAUGCACAAGUGUCUGCUACAGUUUGCCCAGUCACAGAUAUUUACAUUGUAUAGCGAUGGGUUAUUUGUUUUGUAAUACACAGAGAAUGGGGCCAGGAAAGGGGAGCAGAGCCCACCUGUUCAGGGAGCUUCAUUGCUGGGGCCUUGGAAGGCUGGGAGGGAUGUACAGCAGCCUCUGGGACCCUUUCCCAGAGCAGACAGCUGCUCCCUCCAAGAGCUAACAGGGAUUUCAUGUUCCCCUGGAUCUGGGGAAAGGAGGGAGGUCAGGGCUGGAUAGAAAAGGGGGUCUUCAAUCAAUACAAUUGUCAGCACCAGCCUUGGCUGUGGAAAUAGAGGCCCGGCAGUUUUGUGGCUGAGCACAUGUGCUGCAGGGCGUCAUUAGCCAAGGACCUUGCCCUGCUCAUCCUCACCUUUGGUUCAAGCCUCUCAAAGCUGGUCACCCUGGUGUGACACCUGGAAGUAGUGGUGCCAUGCUGCUGGCAUGAAUCCAGCACGUUCCUCCUUUUGCUUUCCACUGGACUGUCCCCAGCAGUCCCUCCAGUACAUUGUGGGCUCCAACACAACAUGGUUCCUUUUGACCUCAUCUCACUCUUGCUCUCCCUGCCCCCUCCUUAGAGGUGCUAUUGUAUUUUUUUCUUAUCACAUUCACAUGCUGAUUCCCC